AUGUCGGCGGGUUUGGAAACGUUUGCUUUGAAAGAAGAAGAUGCUAUAAAACUUCUGGCAUGUCAAACUCAUGUGGGUGCUGCCAACUGUGACUUUCAAAUGGAGCAGUACGUGUGGAAAAGGAGAGCUGAUGGCAUUCACAUCAUCCAUUUGAGAAAGACAUGGGAAAAACUGUUACUUGCUGCUCGUGCUAUUGCAGCUAUCGACAAUCCGGCAGAUGUGUGUGUCGUAUCAGCACGUCCAUAUGCGCAGCGUGCUUUGCUUAAAUUUGCGGCUCAUACUGGUUCUACGCCAAUUUUUGGACGUUUUACACCAGGCUGUUUAACCAAUCAAAUACAAAAACAGUUUAAGGAACCAAGGUUGCUGAUUGUUUCGGAUCCUCGAGUCGAUCAUCAAGCAGUCACGGAAGCAUCAUAUGUUGGUGUGCCAGUAAUUAGUUUUUGUAAUACGGACUCACCUCUGAAAUUCAUCGAUAUUGCUAUACCAUGCAAUAAUAAGGGUGUGCAAUCAAUAGGACUGAUGUGGUGGCUGUUAGCUCGUGAAGUUUUGCUCAUUAAAGGCAAGAUGACACGGCAGACAGGAUUUGUACUUGAUGAUAAGGAAAUUAUGCCUGACUUAUAUUUUUAUCGUAAUCCAGAAGAACAAGAGAAGGAAGAAUUGGCGGAAUCGCGUGAAGUAAAGGACUCUUGGCCUGGGGUUCCGCCUCCUGAGGUCGCAAAAAUUGAUGAGUAUCAAACAAUAGGCGGCGUUGAACCAACGAAAAAGUUGGAUUUCAGUAUGGUUGAACCUGUAAGUGAUUGGGCACAAGAAACAGAACGAGCCGUGCAGCUGGAUACCGCACAGCAACAGGAUUGGGGUGCUUCGACGCAAAAUUCCAAUUGAUAUGAAAUUUUGAUAGAGCAUAUUGAUGGUUUAAGACUUAUUUGCAUGGAAGACAUGAUUUGCAAUACAACGUUAUGUCUUUAA